GAGCCUGAGCUGGGGGCGGUCUGAUCCGUGAGGACUUGCAGAGUGGGCUGCAGAGUUGGACCUGGCGGCUGCGUGUUCAGGGUCCUCGCCAUGGGGCAGAUCGAGUGGGCCAUGUGGGCCAACGAGCAGGCGCUGGCAUCUGGCCUGAUCCUCAUCACAGGGGGCAUCGUGGCCACUGCUGGGCGCUUCACACAGUGGUACUUUGGUGCCUACUCCAUCGCUGCCGGGGUACUGAUCUGCCUGCUGGAGUACCCCCGGGGGAAGAGGAAAAAGGGUUCCACCAUGGAGCGGUGUGGACAGAAGUACUUGACUACUGUGGUGAAGCUGUUUGGGCCCCUCACGAGAAAUUACUACGUCCGGGCUGUCCUCCACUUCCUGUUGUCCGUGCCUGCGGGCUUCCUGCUGGCCACUAUCCUGGGGACCGUCUGCUUGGUCAUUGCCAGUGUGAUCUACCUGCUGGCAGCCAUCCGGGGUGAGCAAUGGACCCCCAUUGAGCCCAAACCCAAGGAGCGGCCACAGGUUGGAGGCACCAUCAAGCAGCCACCCACCAACCCCCCACCCCGGCCACCAGCGGAGGUCCGCAAGAAGCCAAGUGUAGAGGAGGAGGAGGCAGCCACGGCUGGAGGCCCCCAGGUCAACCCAAUUCCAGUGACAGACGAGGUUGUGUGACCUGCAAGGCUGGCUGUCUGCAGCUCCUGCUUCAGGUUUCCUGGAGUGGCUGCCGGGGGUGGGGUAGGGUGGUGGUGAUGCCCACUGUAAUAAACACAGUGACUAGCUUGUGUGGA